CAGAACAACUUUGUGAGAUGCGUACUUUACUCACAUAAGUAUGCAGCACAACACAGAUCAGAUAAGCUAUAAAUACACUGGAAUCAACAUGAUUUUGAUGCUACCAUAGAAAUUAAAUCAGAAUUUGAUAGAAUUGUCAGUGGAGAUAAGAAGAGUAUUAGAAGAGCAUUGAAUAUAUACGUUACAAUUCAAAAAAUUAUGGAUGAGUACAUGAAAAAGGUAUUAUUAUUCGUUAUUCUGAUGUCCAUCAUCACAACACCCAUACCACUUGCAAUGACACAAAUACCAAAAACGGAAUCAACUUCGCUGCCGAUUUACCUCCUAUCCAUCAUUGUUUGCCCUGUUGAGGCGAUAGUGUUGAUUCUCUUCUUCACAUUAGAUACGACGGGAACAAAAUUUCCAUUAGAUUUAUUCUUUCUGAUGUUACAUACGAUAUUAGCAUCUGUACUCACAGGAAUACCGUUCAUUGGGAAAACGCUGAAAUGGGGACUUAUAGUGACGGGAUCAGCUGUGGUGUUGUACAUCUUACUAAUCACAAUCGGCGCAACCCUACCAAUUGGUCUGCACCGUGGUUACACUGCAGUUUUCAUAUACUGUGUUACUGUCAUGGUUGUAACUUUAGCUGUUUCAAUUGGUGUCCACUAUGGGACAGGACUUGAUAAAUUGGCACUGGCAAUUGUCAGCAUCGGAUUGACUGCACAAGGAAUCCCUAUUGUUGUAAUUUGUGGUCAAGCAGCAUUGGGUAGACCACAGUUCAGAACACUUGAUGGCUAUUACUACAUGGCUGCAUUCUGUGUGCAUAUGAUGCUCAUCCUUCUGCUGUCAGCCAUCAAUAUUGGAAUACCAUAUUUGAUAUUGGACAAUGUAUUAAAAGAUCAAGUUAACCACUUCAAAAUGACCUUUUGAGUCAUUCAAACUAACGAAAUGACAAGUACAUUGCACGCAAAUCGAUGCAAAAGCUGACCUUUACUCCUAAUAUAACUAACUGACUAAUAAAUGUUUUACAUUCUCAGUUUUAAUUUGAUUUUGAAAAACAUUUUCACUUGCACCUAUCCUUUUUUAUA